AUGGAAGAUCUGCGCUUCCGCCCUCAGCAGCCGCCGAGGAACGAGCAGUCCAUCAACCCGCUUGUCUCACCUCCUCGCGGCGCCGCUCGCAUCCCUCAACAACAGCCUGCGAAUCACGAUCUGCGCUCCGCCCUGCCUCGCCGCUUUACGACGGACUCGGGGCGUGUACCGACAAUGUCUUCCAUGAACUCCUUGGCAUCUCCCCCCCGCGUGCCCGACGCAGCUCAAGAUUAUAAUAACGCAUUGCAUAAAGUCCAAUUGAUAGAGAAGAAAAAGCAAGAAUAUGAGAGGAUCCGAGAACAGAGGCGGCGCUUCGAAGUCGAGAUGCAAAAGCUAGAUCAACAACAGCGACGGGAAGCCCUAGAGCUGGCGCAGAUGGAAGAAGACAUGAAUAGAUUCGCCGGGCACCAAUCCGAACCGACAACGCCUCCCGAGUAUCGAAACACCAGCACCAACAAUGGCUUUCCUGGCAUAUUCUCGCGGCCAAACCGCUACUCUACUUCAAGCUUGACCUCUCCCGCGGCCAUGUUUAAUCGACCAGCGCGCUCCGGAUCGCUUUUGACCUCUCCGCCUCCUGGCACUACUGGCGUGUUCCAGCAGCGAUACGGGUUCGACGACAACCAAAUGCCAUCACGAUCCGUACCUACUACGCGCCGGAACAGCGACGAUGAUGACAAGGAAGAGGCUGUUCGCCAGGACCCAAGCAGCCACAGAGCGACCAAUUCGUAA